AUGAUCCGUUUAUUCAGAUACGAAACCUACAAAGCGACAUUGAAGAAGAUCCCCGCGACUCGGCUGUCACGACUGACGGAGGCGCUCGCCAACUAUGACCCUGUCCUCAAUGAGUACUUCUUUGAUCGGCACCCGGGUGUCUUCGCGCAGGUGCUCAACUAUUACAGAACCGGUAAACUGCACUACCCAACAAAUGUCUGUGGGCCUCUUUUCGAAGAAGAGCUGGAGUUCUGGGGUCUGGACUCCAACCAGGUGGAACCGUGCUGCUGGUCUACCUACAGUAUACAUAGAGAUACACAGGUAAUUAUGGUAGUGACUUAG